CCGCCCAGCUUUCGAACGCGCCACACAUCGCACAUUCCUGUCAGGAAUCCGCCUCGGGCUUCGCCGAAAUCCUACGCUACCCCCCCCCCCCCGGCGGCCCGCGCGCACCAGAUUCCUGCGUAUGCUACCUCCCCUCCCCGCCCCGUCCCGUGCGCUUCGCAGCCGCCUAGCCAGCUGCUACUGAUCGAGCCACAGCCGGCCGGGAGUGCGUUCGUGCGCGCGCUAGCUGCAGCGCGACGUACGCGUCGCCGUCGAGCGCCGAACCUGUUUGCUUUCGUGAUCGAUCGGCCGGCAGCGGGCGCGAGGAGCGAGGAGAAGACCGGAAGACCAACCGAUCUGCAGCAUGUUCGAGGGGAUGGAGAGAGCGGGGUACGGCGGCGCGGGGGCGAUGGGCGGGGUGGUGCUGUCGCGGGACCCGAAGCCGCGGCUGCGGUGGACGCCCGACCUGCACGAGCGCUUCGUCGAGGCCGUCACCAAGCUCGGCGGGCCCGACAAGGCGACGCCCAAGUCGGUGCUGAGACUGAUGGGAAUGAAAGGGCUCACCUUGUACCACCUAAAGAGUCACCUUCAGAAAUACAGGCUGGGAAAGCAGAACAAGAAAGAUACAGGCUUGGAAGCCAGCAGAGGGGCAUUUGCUGCACAGAGCAUCAAUUUCUCCACUCCAGCACCUCCUAGCAUUCUGUCUGCUGCCAGUAACAAUACGGGAGAAACGCCACUUGCGGAUGCACUAAAGUAUCAAAUCGAAGUGCAAAGGAAACUGCACGAGCAGCUUGAGGUGCAGAAGAAGCUGCAAAUGCGAAUUGAGGCCCAAGGCAAAUAUCUGCAAACAAUACUAGAGAAAGCCCAGAAUAACCUUUCCUACGAUGCAACUGGAGCUGCGAACCUAGAAGCAACGAGGUCGCAGCUUACAGACUUCAACCUAGCUCUUUCAGGUUUCAUGGACAACGUGACACAAGUGUGUGAACAGAACAAUGGAGAACUGGCGAAAGCCGUGUCCGAUGACAACCUUAGAGCAAGCAAUUUAGGCUUCCAGCUUUACGACGGAGUUCAGGAUGGCGAGGAUGUCAAGUGCACUCCAGACGAAGGCUUGCUACUGUUGGAUCUGAACAUCAGAGGAGGGUAUGGCCACCGAUCUUCGUCGGAUCUGAAGAUAAACCAGCACAUGAGGUGAAAAAUUCAGUAGAGGGGCGACCGUAGUUUAAUUUAAGUGUUCCCCUUGUGUUGUGAGAUAUUCUUUCGGCUAUCCUGAUGAUGCUUUUUUAGAGCGUUGGGCCAGUGUAUGCUAAUGUAAAAUUUGUGGGAAGAGGUUCUGAAUAAGCAUAGCUAAUCUUACACAGAUGUGUACUUCAUACGCAUCUGGAAUCCAAAGAAAAGCAUUAUGGGGGGUCAUGCAGCAUUUGCAGCAGGCCAAGUUGUUU